AUGUCCUGUGAAAGGAGAACUAGGGCCGCGCGUUUCCUCGAUCUGCGGUACAAGAGCGGGGUGCGCUCAGUGAGGGCCGUGGUCGCCGGCGGCGGCGCGGAGGAGGCGCGACGCGGCGGCCUCAAGGCGCUGCCGAAGCGCGCCCGCACUCGCUGCAGGGGUAUGAACAUGGGGCAAAAGCUGUCCGGCGGAGUCAAGUCGGUGUCGCGCGAGUGCACGGCGCCCUUCAAGGCGGUAGUGGCACGCGAGCUGGCACCCGAGCCGCCGCGGCCUGCGCGUCUCGACGCGCUUCUCGAUGCACCGCCAGCGCAUCCCGACGCGCAGCUCAAGCACGCUUGGAACCCUGAUGAUAGAUCACUAAAUAUUUUCGUAAAAGAAGAAGACGCAUUAACGUUCCACCGGCACCCUGUAGCGCAAAGCACAGACUGUAUUAGGGGUCGCGUCGGUUACUCGCGAGGUCUCCACUGUUGGGAAGUGGUUUGGCCGGCGAGGCAAAGAGGCACGCAUGCGGUCGUCGGUGUAGCAACCUCACACGCGCCUCUUCAUUCCGUCGGCUACCAGAGUCUAGUUGGAGCUACGGACCAGAGUUGGGGCUGGGAUUUGGGCAGAAAUAAGGUGUACCAUAACGCGAAAGGCACUGGGGGGAGUGGCACGACGUAUCCGGCCCUUUUACGACCGGAUGAGCAGUUCCUAGUACCUGACAGAUUAUUAGUCGUUCUAGACAUGGAUGAGGGCACACUCGCGUUUUGCGCAGACGGGCGCUAUCUCGGAGUAGCCGCAAGAGGUCUUCGGGGCAAGACGCUCUACCCUAUUGUAUCCGCUGUGUGGGGGCACGCGGAAAUCACUAUGAAGUACAUCGGCGGGCUGGACCCGGAGCCUCUGCCUCUGAUGGAGCUGUGCCGACGCGUGAUCCGCCAGCGCGUGGGGCGCGCGCGCCUGCGGGGCGCCGCGCCGCGCCUGGCGCUGCCGCCCGCGCUGAGCGCCUACCUGCUGUACCGCGCGCCCUAG